GUUCGAUUUGUAUACUCAUAUUUUAGUUCGAAUUCGCAAUAGUUUUCUUAGUCACAUUUUAUUAUUACUAUUGUACUCAUAUAAAAUAUUUGAUAUCAUUUAAUAUUUGUUCAAUUUUAAAGAUGGAACGUGGUAGACAUUCUGUAGAUGUGGGUAAUCUCCAACGCAACUGCAAGAGGGAGAUUGCGUCGACUCGUCCUAAUUCACGCAAAGGCAAAGGUAAAGCGCGGGCCGAGUCUUCUUUUCAAAGUCGAGAUGAUUUUGAAACGGAUUACCAACGGAGAGAUGAUAUGAUGAUGUCCGACGAGCAUCUACAAAACCUAUUGUCCCAAAACGAUCCACGCUUUGCACAAGAACAACCCAUCCCGACAACCAUUGAUGAAGAGGAGCUCGAGGAUGACGAUGCGGAGGAGGACGCGGGGGGCGACGGGACUCACGGCACCCCGGAUGAUGAGCAAGACUUGGAGGACGAGGGCGGUUCAACCCAAACUGGUAAGAAAUCUAAAUCUCCUAUUAUUGAAAACAAUUUUACAAAGAGGAAAGACAAAAAUACCGAAAAAUGGUACGCAAGUUGAAAUCAUUGCGGCAAAGAGUAUAGCUUGGGAACUUCUGGCGGAUACGGGAGUCUCACAAGGCAUCUUAAAUCCGCCCAUCUUGUGGAGUAUGCGAAAAUAGACAAGGGCAAGGGGAAGCAAACACAAAUAUCGAGGUUUGCAAAUUCUCAACCCUUUGGUAAUUUCUCCUAUGAUGAUCAAAAACAUUUGACUGGUAUGUCUCAUUUAAUUGUUGAAGAAAAUUUACCCUAUAUUUUUUCCGAAAGUCUUGCUUUAAGAGAUUAUGCUCAAGGCACUUUAAAUCCUCAAUUUAGAAAUUAUAGUCGCAAAACGAUUAAAAAAGAAGUUAUAAGGCAAUAUAACUUCGAAAAAGAAAAUUUACAAACAUUUUUCGCAAACUUUAAUGGACGUGUUAGUAUUUGUAGCGAUAUAUGGGAGGAUACUUAUCAUCAUUUAUAUUAUUUGGGUCUUACUGCACAUUAUAUUGAUGAUGAUUGGAAUAUGCAUAAACGUGUUCUUGCUUUUCGUGAAUUCAAUGAUCGUCAUACUGCUGAUAAUAUUUAUAUUCUCAUUGAGCGUAUUUUAAUUGAGUAUAAUUUGCUUGAUAAGGUGUUUGCUGUAGGUUUUGAUAAUGCUAGUAAUAAUACUGCUACUAUACCUAGAUUGCAUUGCGUGAAUUGUGUGGUGCUUCUACAUUGAUGGGUAGGUUUUUUCAUCAACGUUGUGCAUGUCAUAUUCUAAAUUUGUGUGUACAAGAUGGAUUAGC